GGUCGCAUAUUCAGACGUCUCCACCGCGAACCGCUUGAAACUGCUCCACAUUGCUUUGCCCAAGUGGAUCACGCCCUCGGAACAUAAAUCCCAUCAAGCAUAUAGAUUCCAGCAGGAUGGCGUUGCGUUCGUUCAAAUCGCUGCCAUGUGACGGACUCUAAGUCCCAUAGCCACAUUUGUGACCCAAUUCGAUGAGCAAUUGUGUCUGUGUGCCUGUGUGUGUGUGUGUGUGUGCGGGGCUCUUGGCCAUUUAACGAUUAGUGGCCAUAACGGCAAAGUGUUUGUUUAUUUUGUUGUGCGACCGCAGAAACGAUUCCAAAAAUGAUUGCAUAAUUGACUUUUGGCGGGGGGGUGUAGAAAUCGCGCUAGACGCUCAGCAUAAAUUUCGGCUUGUGUUCCUAUACCGUUUGUGAUUCCAAAACAAUUUGUGAGCCAUGAAAAAGCUUCAUCUGGGUGCCAAGCACAAGGGCAAGUCCUACAAGCCCUUUAGGAAUAAGAAUCGUCGGGGUUCUGCCGACUCGAACUACUCACAACCGUCAUCCGAUCUGUCGCUAGACGAGGAAAAGGAAUCGCUUCGGCGAGAAAAGGAACGUCAGGCCUUAAGCCAGUUGGAUAAAGCGAGGAGCAAACCAGUGGCGUUCGCUGUGCGAACCAACGUAGCAUACGAUGGCGCCAUCGACGACGAUUCGCCGGUGCAGGGCGGAGCAGUUUCGUUCGAGAUCCGGGAAUUCCUGCACAUCAAAGAGAAGUACGACAAUAACUGGUGGAUCGGCCGGCUGGUCAAGGAGGGCUGUGAUGUGGGCUUCAUACCCAGCCCCGCUAAGCUAGACAACAUUCGCAUGCAGAACCAAACCAGACCCUCAAGACUGUAUGGCACAAAGGGCUCGUCGAGCGGGAAUCUUGGUGCGGGCGGACAAGCAGGUGCGGAGCCAUCUCGAGGUGACGAAUCAGAUUCCAUGGGACCAGGACGACACGGCAAGACACCGGCGGCGGCGGCCAACAAGGAGAAGCGAAAGCCAUUCUUCAAGAAACAGGAGACGGCCAGUCCCUACGACGUGGUGCCCUCGAUGCGUCCCGUCGUCCUGGUGGGGCCCAGUUUGAAGGGCUACGAGGUGACCGACAUGAUGCAGAAAGCCCUCUUCGACUUCCUCAAGCACCGCUUCGAGGGCCGCAUCAUCAUCACCCGGGUGAUGGCCGACAUCUCGCUGGCCAAGCGCUCCAUCAUGAACAAUCCCUCGAAGCGGGCCAUCAUGGAGCGAUCCUCCAGCCGGAGCGACUGCCUCGGCAAGGUGCAGGAGGAGAUCGAGCGCAUCUUCGAGCUGGCCCGCUCGCUCCAGCUGGUCGUGCUCGAUUGUGAUACAAUCAAUCAUCCGUCACAACUAGCGAAAACUUCAUUAGCGCCAACAAUAGUGUACUUAAAGAUUAGUAGUAGUAAGGUUUUACAGCGUUUGAUCAAAUCACGUGGCAAGUCGCAGGCGAAAAACCUCUCCGUUCAAAUGGUUGCCGCCGAGAAGCUAGCCCAAUGUCCACCGGAUAUGUUCGAUGUAAUCCUAGACGAGAAUCAGCUGGAAGACGCCUGCGAGCACAUUGCCGAGUACUUGGAGACGUAUUGGAAGGCCACCCACCCGGACAUUCGAGCAGUGCCGCCCAUCGCCCGCCCCCUGCCGCAGGAGGCCUCGCCCUCCGCAGAUCCCGCGCGUCUGGGACCGACGCCUCCAGGAGGAACCUCUUACCAGCACAGCCGCCGACAACCGACCUCGGUACGCCACCAGGAGCGCGGCGGAGGGGUGGGCGCAGGCGGCGGAGGUGGAGGCGUCGGCGGUGGCUACGAGCGGGACCGCGAACGGGAGCGGUACGAGCGGCGCGAGCGUGACCUCAUGCACUACGAUCUCAAUAGCGACGAGCUGCUGGACGAGCGCAACUUUGAGUAUCCGGCGAUGAGGAGCGGUCCCAGCGGCGCCUCCCACCACGGCCAUCUGUCCAGGGGCGGACGCCUGCUGGAGGAUCCGGACUUUGAGCGCGAAGAGGCCCAGAUGCGGAUGAGCAGCUCACGCUACGGACCCUCGACCAGGAUCGACGACCCACGGGAUCUGCCGCGUGGCGCCACCGUUGUCGAUCGCGAUGAAUACAGUCCGCACAGAGGUGGUGGGAGUAGUAGGAGAAUGCUUAAUGCCAUGUCCAGACCUUUAGGUCUGCCACGCCAAUCCUCCCUGCCCAGUAAUAGAGCACCCGUGUCGUAUUUGCCACGCCAGUCCUCCCUGGGCACACACUGGCUAUCCUCCUCCUCGCAGAGCAACCUGGAUCAAGGACCCCAAUCUCGCCGAGAGCUUUAUCCACUGCUGCAUCAGCCGCAGUCCUAUUCCCAGCCUCGAUCCCAGUACACCAGCCACUCGUAUACAUCCGCACCACAGCACACCAGUCAGUCGCGUUCCCAGUCCCAGUCGCACUCCCAGUCCCACUCUCAGUAUCGCUACUCCGUGCAGGACACAUCGUUUGCCCACCCACCAAGAUCCCUGCGCGAAGAGUUCCUCAGUCCCACCAUGAGCAAGGUCGAAGCUGUCACCCACGCCAUUCGCAACAAGAUCAUCGUGGAGGAGGACGAAGAGGAUAUCCUGAGCACGGAUCGGUUCUAUUAAAGAGAUUUCAGUCGUCCAACCCGCGUCGAUUUUGGUUUGGGUAAACUCUUCCUUGCGGGCGGGAAAGCAAGUGCAGCAGUGCCAAAACACACGACACAUUUGUAAAUGUUCCAUUCGAUGAUCAGAUCAAUUUGAUAGAUACAGCGACACAGAUACAUCCACACACACAAACAGAAACACACACACACAAAGUAGCUGGUUAAAGUUAAAGUGAGCGUUAAAGUGGCGGUUAAAGCAAACCAAAGGAAGCAGCCCAAUGCCAAGUGGGGCCUUAUGUGUCUUAAAUGCUAUAGCUAAGUGUAAUCAGAUUUUAUUUGAGUAAUGUGAAUUUAAAUUAAAUGGUCUAAGCCUAAGAUUUAAGCUAGUCGACAGUGGGAAAUUAAAAGUUAAAAGAAAGGAGUCCGAAACCAAAGCCAACAGGAUUUGUUGGUCCCCAAAUGGGUCUCGUAUUUGUUAUGCAAUCGAUUGACUAAGUACAUGAAUAAGUGUCAGCUUUAAUAAUUUAGUGAACGUGUCUUAAUCUAAGUCGAGCCACACAAACACACCUCCACACACUCGACACACACACACACACUCUUACACUCUCAAUUGACUGUGAACCGAUUGAAAUCUCUUUAAUCUCAAACCGAUACCUAUUUCUCGCAUCCAGCGCUUUUCCUUCUCUACACAGAAAAAUUUACACUUACAGUGCGUCUCAAAGCCAUAUGAUCAUGAGUUGAAAUUAAUUGAUAUAUCCAUAAUGUAUUUAUUCUAUAAUUUUGAAAGCUUAAGCUUGAAGUUUUUAACUGAAUAUUUCUUAAAUACGGCCGUACAUCUAAUACUAUCAUUUUAUUAGUUGUUAAACAUUUGUAUUAUAUAUCUUGAAUGAAACGCAUUGUACACAAUUUCAACUUCCAACAGCAAUACUUUCGACCUAGAUACCUUGCCACACCAUAUCAUGCCACACACCUGCCAAAGCGCACAGUUCGCGAUCUCAGUUCAAAACUCAAGUUGAACUAGCCGCGAACGGGCCUGCAACCUGGAUAAGGAUCGAAAAUCGAUUCAGGUUUAGGUAUAGCGAUUUAAACUACCAGUGCCUUAUAAAUCCAUCAAAUCGAGUUACACGACAGCACUCCACCCCAGAUAUUCUGCAUUUCCGCCGCCCCAUUAGAUCAUUAUUGACCACCACCAAUCGCUAAAGUCGAAUGCGUCAAAAUUAUUGUUCAAGUUUUGAAUUGUACACGUAAUGUUGAGACGAUAGUCGUUGAUCUGGCCCAUUCCGAACGAGCACUCCUUUUACAAUUCCAACCACCAUGCUAAAUUUGUCGAUCAUUAGUUGUCGAACUGAGCUAGCGCCCAACAAUGAUGAACCGCACUGCAUUCAAAUCGAUCGCCACCACCUCGAGUAAGAGUCGAUGUUCAGCUAGUUUUGAUCUGUAAGCACACCCACAGAACCCAUCCUACUGUCCAAGGACAACAGCUGAAUCCUGUAACACGGGGUCAGAGUUUAGUGACAGGUCGGGCAAUUUGCCCGCAGAAAAAAUCUAGUACUUUUUUAUAUAAGAGAUACAAGGUGAUAUAACUAAUUUUCAGAAAGUAAAUUUGAACAGCGCACGACAAAUACAGAUACCUAAUUGAAAUUGUUAGCCACAUUCAGGAGAGGGAGGGUUUAAAAGGUCAGAUGGGAGAACACCUCCCAUCCCCUAGAGAAUUUGAAUGGGGUUGACCAAGGCACUGGAGGCGCUUUAACGAGGAACAAAUUGAAAUUUAAAUAUAUAACGGAACGCAGCAAACGAUACACAAGCACUUCUUGUAAAAAGUGGCAAAGCAAAAUGAUCUAUGUAUUAGCUAAACCUAAAUGAAAUAUUACUUUUUAAUACUAGCAUAAAGUUAAAAACAAAACUAGAUACGAUCCUUUGCAGCUAAGAAGGGGACAAGCGGAAAACUUAAGUUUAAAUGGUCAGUUGAUGAGAAGUGUGUAUGUUAGAAUAUUGCACAUAAUUCACAGAACUGGUAAUUCAAUAUAUUAUAAUGGUAUAUAUUAAAAAAGAUACACACAUUUAUAGAGCUGCAUAUAUAAAUAUGUAUGUAUGUUCUUGCCAUAAUUAACAAAAUUUAAACCGAUAAAGAUACAUCAGCCGGCAUUUUGUAAGCGUGAAAUCCAAAAACUAAUUAAAAUAAUAUUGAUUAAAAAAUAACUGAUUAUCCCAGAUAUUGUUAGAUACUUUCUGGUAACGGAAAGGUGAACUUUGCCAUGAAAAUUUCAUCAGAUCUGAUAGGAAUAUGUUGAAGAUAUUUUGUAAGAUGCCUUAAAUUUCUCAACUCAAGUUCUUUGAAAGUUUUCGAAAACUAAACUUGAUAAAUUCAUAUAUUCCAUUACAUAACCUUCUAGCAGACGGACAGAGGUCUGCAAAGAAGUAAAACUGGUUUGCUUCAAAAGUAUAGCAAUUUUUUUGUAAUAAUAAACUCUUAUUUCCGAUUAUAAUAAAACAAAUGAAAACCAAACCAAGCAAUUUCGAUUUGUUGACACUCUUGAAAACUAUAAAAAAAAAACACAAACAUACAAACAAGUUUUAUAGCAAGCAUACUGAAACUUUAAAGAUACGCCUAUAUAUAAUUAAAUUUAGCGGUAAUAACUUCUCUACUUUUCAAAGCCACUUAAAUAAGAAAAGCAAACCUUAUUUUUUUAGCCUAAAUAACUUAUUGAACUGGAAUAGAAGGUGGAAAAUUUGACAAGAGCACGCAUGAAAUUUCCGUAAUCAAUAUAUUAUUAACCAAAGAUCCCCACACCGAAUACCCUGGAAAGAUAAAAAUGAACUAUUGGUGGAAAUAUCAACACCGCUCCCAAUUUAUAUAGAAUAUUUUAUACAUACAAAACAUAUACAUAUUGUAAAAAAUGAGAAAAACGGUAACUAAAAUCCAAUCAGCAAUUUUCAAAAAUUGUAUGUAAAUAGUUAAUGAUAUUUCAAUUUGUUACCUAAUUAUUUUGUUAACAACUUUGUAAGAUUCCUUUAAUUUAAUGUUAAGGAUGAAUACCUGCCAUCACCUUGACGACAUUUUGUUGUUUUCGUUUUCAUUUUCCGCAUUCAAAUGUUGUUCACAAUAUGUUUUUGGAAAAUACGUAGUUAAAUGAAAGCUAAAUUGCAAAUAAAAGCAAAUACAAUAAAAAUAUU